AAGAAACAUAUGCACAGACGCAGGCUUUGUUCAACGGUGCUAGUACAACAGGGUCCCGUCCACCGAUAAGAUGCAAGUCCUUCUGUCUCUGUGCUGCCUGCUGCCCCUGGCCGUGUACAGUCAGACCACCCAAGGCCCACUGCCCACGCACUCCUGGGUCUCGUGUCAAUACAAACAAAAUGGCUUCCUGGAGAUGGGCUGCUGGGGCUAUGUCACGUGCAAGGACGGCGUCCCCUUCACCACCUACUGUCCAACUGGUCAGGUGUAUGACCGGGACAGUAGUACUUGUGUUCCCCCCGGUACAACCCACGUGAAGUGUAACCAAGUGAAGCCGUGUGCCCUCAAGUACGACCACCGCUAUGCCGACAUAGAGGACAAGUGCGAGUCCUACUACCUGUGCAUGGCCCAGUCCUUCUUCGGCAGAUUCUAUUGCCCUAAAGGCACUGUAUUCAACGAGCCCCUGCAGACAUGUGACUACCCCGGGGACACGCCACCCCCGUGCGGCACCCUCACUUACACCAGGACCACGCCCCACUUUUAAUACUUCGUCCAAUCACUGCAUCCAUUACAUGAUGUAACAAUAAAGAAGAUCGUAUUUAUCA